AUGUCGGCGAGCGUGGCUUCGCUGGCAGUUGGCCUGCUAGACCGACAUUAUUCUGCUCCGUCGAUGUCCCCAGAAUUGAACGUUACUAGUUCGCCAGAUGUUGUAGAAGAUGAUCACGUUCAAGAAACCAGCGGUAUACAAACACGCGAUGCAGAUGCAGACGAACCAUACAAUACGAAACAGAACUCAGCGGGACAGCAGUCACAAACCGACUUGGAUCGUCGACAUACUAUCGGGGGACUAUUGGCAGCAUUAGCAACGAACGCGAUUUCGAAGCCUCUGGUCUCGGGUCCUCGACGCUCAGCAACACCGCCAGAAGAUUCACCAAUUUCGCAAACAUCGGAGAUGCACCUGCCAGACACCCAGGAACAGAAGGAAGGUGCGCUUGCCGAAUCAAACACCGCGCGCUUGCCUUCACAGGACCCAAACGACCAGGCUGCAUUUCAGUUACUUCCACCAGAUCCUACACUUCUUAUGCCUACCCAAGACCAGUUCGAUGCCCUCAACUUUACUCAAGAUGAAUUAGCUUUGCCGUUUCCUGCCUUUGAUAUGUCCUUAGAUCAUUUCCCUCAAGAUAUCAUGCAGGAUCCUCUUCCAAUCAAUGUCAAACGCCAGAUUGACGCAUAUGCCAGACUAGAAUUUGCUGAUGGUACUUUCUACCUGAACACUUUUCAAUGCGAGCUGGGUCGAGAUCAACAUGCGUUCAGGGAUGCUUUGACAAGAGAACAGGAAGCGAAAGAGGCGGCUGAGCUCGAGAAGGACCAGCCGAAGAGUUCUAGUGGAAAACUAUCACAGCGCUCCCAUGUUCUGAAAACAGCUGAAAGCCAGGUUCAAGGCAGUGUUGUCAGCGAGGCUGGCGGCUUUGCUGGUGUUGAUGAGAAACCUAUCGAAGGCUAUGGAGACAAAAGAAAUGGCCAGUCCGCCAAGCAUAACUCCUCACAGGCUUCAGAGUCUGAUAUUGUGAGGCCUGACGAGGUACUUCACAACCCGUCUUUGGCGCCUUACGACUACCACAGGGAUGUCGUCUAUCAACCGACCCAAUUCGUUGCUGUACCUGAGGACGAGAUUGUAGAAGAUGAGCGACCUGCUCCUGUCACUGCCGAGCAUUUACCAGAUCCAAGUAGCUGUCCACUAAUUCCCAUUCACACUACUGUUGCUUCUAGUCAGACCGAAGUCCAAAACCUCCGAGCUAUCUCGAGACGUCAUGUGAGGAUCUUUUGGAAUUGGCAAUAUUCGGCUUUCUACAUGGAGGUUCUUGGUCGAAACGGCGCCUUUUUCCAGGACCAGCACAUGAAGUUUGGGGAGUCGGUUCGCCUGCACAGCGGCGCCAAAAUCCAGAUCUCAGCUGUUGAGUUUGUGUUUCGAUUGCCAGAUACUGUUAAUGACCUUCCAGGCGACGGUGAAGACAGUAGUGCUGCCAGCGAGGAUGCCCUCGAAGAAACUCCGGGCAGAACUGCUACCUCUGCCGAGAACGGUCAGCCAGUCAAGCUGAAACUGAAACUGCAUCGAGAAUCGAGUGGCACUCAACUUGCUGGUGGAAAUGCUGAAUUGAAAAGGAGAGGACCAGGACGUCCACCCAAGAACGGUAUCAUGUCUCAAAGGGAGAUGAAAGAGCGGGAAAAGGCUGAGAAAGAAGCCAAAGCCCGUGCUCUACACGGAAUACCAUCUCCCCCGGCACUGGAACGCAAGCCAUCCAAAUCUCAGAUGCCAAAACCUGAUCCGCCACUUGAAGUGCAAAAGGUUGAGAAGAGAAAGUACACGAAACGAAAGAGGGAGGAUGGUGAAGAGGAGGAAGUGUUGCCUUCUAUUGAACACCAGGAGGAGACACCUGCUACGGAGACCAUCCUUCCACCACCUCCACAACCAAUCGCCAAAAGGGCGCGUACGAAGUCCUAUUCGCCAGAUUACAAGCCGUUUGACCAGUGCACUCCCGAAGAUCUGGCUCGUCCUCCACACAACUACGCCGUCCUGCUCUAUAUGGUGCUAUCAGAGACUGGAGAAAUUACCCUCCGACAGAUUUACAAACAGAUGCAAGCAAGAUGGCCUUUCUUCAAGUACAUGGUGGACUCGGAUGGAUGGACCAGUAGCGUGAGACAUAAUCUCAAUCAAGAAGUUGGCAAACUGUUCGAACGUGGUCGAAAAGAAGGCAAGGGUUUCACCUGGCUACCAAAGCCGAACGCUAUGGAAGAAUACCAAGCACAAAAGAACAAGCGAUCCAAUGCUCCUCCAGUACCUAAACCUCGACCACCACCACAGAGACCAAGUAUACCACCUAGCCAGGGACAACAGCUGACAUGGCAGAAUAGUGGCCCGUCACCUCAGCAAAAUCGUCCAGUCAAUGGUGCUGCGCAGCAAGGCCCCUGGCCAGCAACUCGUCCAGGUCCUAACGGUACCACGCCCAACAUAAAUGGAGGGCCACAGCCAGUCGGUCCAACUCAGACCAGAGACAUGAAUUAUAUUCCACCAGUACACCUCCUGCCACAGCACUUUGGCCAGCCUGCACCUCGAUUCAUGCCCGUCACUUUCGAGGGCUUAGCGGUCAUACAUCGAUUUGAGCAAUCUAUGUUUCAAAAUCUCAGGCAGGAUACCGAAACACAGACCAAAUGGCGAGCCAUCUUCGGUUCUGCCAAGGCUCAGGCUCUACACGGUGCUCCGGGUUCACAACUCCCGGGCGGUGAGACGCAAGAAGAAGCAACCAUCCUGAGGCAUAUUAGAGACUUUGUGGACAGAUAUAGGAAUCCGGCUUUCCAGGGAUUCAAUAUUGCACGCACAGCUUCGCCCAUGGUCACUGGUGCCUCGGCUCCUGCAACAAAUACAAGUGUGGAGCCGACAGCAGCCACUCUUCCACAGCAGAACACGCCCGCUCCACAGCCUGUUCAACCGACCACCAACAGCGAAGUUUCUCCACCUGCUCAAGCACCUCCAGCUCCACCUGUGGAAGCCUCCUCAGUUGCGAACCCGGCUUCGGGUCCGACUGCCAUACAGCAAGCCGAGGAACCUACUACGGCUUUAACCUCUACAUCUACUGCAGAGGCCGCAAGUACGCACAGUCAUCCGCUACCAGCCACUGUCGUUACGGCAGUCACGACAGUCACACCUAGCACGACAGUGCCAGAUACCACCGCGCCUCCUACUGCACCUGCUAUCUCACGUCCUGAGCCGGUGGACGUUGCUCCUGCUGAGCAUAGGUCUACUGCUGCGGACUCACGACUUCAAGAAGCGAUCACAGCCGCAAUCAUUAACGAAUCGCCUAGCAAUCAAAACCUCGAUGUUACUGUCUCGGACAAUGUCGCCGUGCCAGUCACCAAAGAGCAAGCAGAUCCACAUACCAACGCGCCUCCGAAUGCGUCGAUUCCAGCAAAGACGGACCACGUAGCCCACGAGACAACAGAUACAACAGCUGUUACAAACAAAAUUGGUCAACCGAUCGAAGAUGAGCUUAAGCCAGCAGACUAG